UCCAUUGGAAAAUUAAAAAAUUUAUCUUUUCUUAAUCUUCACGGGAAUCAACUCUCUGGUAUCAUCCCUUCUUCUAUUGGUAACAUGAAAAUGCUCGCUAUGCUUUACCUUAGUCGCAAUAAUUUAUCUGGAUGUGUUCCUUCAGAAAUAGGACAACUUAAAUCUCUUGUGGACUUGAGAUUAUCUGAGAACAAAUUUCACGGCCCAUUGCCCUCAGAGAUGAACAAUCUCUCCCAUUUGAAGUUAUUGUCUUUGUGUAAAAACGAAUUCACGGGUCAUUUGCCAGUAGAUUUAUGCCAUGGGGGAGUAUUGGAAAUCUUUACUGCUUGCUACAACUACUUCUCAGGUUCAAUCCCGAAAAGCUUGAAAAACUGUACUGGUUUAUACCGAGUAAGACUUGAUUGGAAUCAAUUAACAGGAAAUAUUUCUGAGGUUUUUGGUGUCUAUCCACAUUUGGAUUAUAUUGAUUUGAGUUACAAUAAUUUGUAUGGUCAGCUUUCUUCAAAAUGGGGAGAUUGUCGUAACAUGACAAGCCUAAAAAUCUCAAACAAUAAUGUUUCUGGUGAGAUACCACCAGAGCUUGGGAAGGCUACUCAAUUACAAUUGAUAGAUGUGUCAUCAAAUCAGUUAAAAGGAGCUAUCCCAAAAGAUUUAGGGGGUUUGAAGUUGUUGUACAAGCUUCUCCUUAACAACAACCAUCUUUCAGGUGCCAUUCCCUUAGAUAUUAAGAUGCUUUCCAAUCUUCAAUUCCUUAAUUUAGCAUCUAAUAAUCUGAGUGGAUUGAUUCCAAAACAACUUGGGGAAUGCUCGAAUUUACUGUUGCUGAACCUCAGCAGUAAUAAAUAGAGAAACAUUCCAGGCGAGAUAGGCUUUCUACUUUCUCUUCGAGAUCUUGAUCUUAGCUUCAAUUUCCUGACUCGAGAGAUACCGAGGCAACUUGGGCAACUGCAAAGGCUGGAAACUCUGAAUGUCUCUCACAACAUGCUUUCUGGACGGAUUCCGAGCACUUUCAAAGACAUGUUAAGCUUAACAACUGUGGAUAUAUCAUCCAAUAAGCUACAAGGCCCCAUUCCCGAUAUCAAAGCCUUCCACAACGCUUCAUUUGAGGCAUUAAGGGAUAAUAUGGGUAUCUGUGGCAACGCCAGUGGUCUAAAGCCGUGCAUUCUUCCAAGAAGCAGCAAAACUGUCAAGAGAAAGAGCAACAAGCUUGUGGUUUUGAUUGUACUUUCUCUUUUAGGAAGCUUGCUUUUAGUGCUUGUUGUGAUUGGAGCUUUAUUCAUUCUCUGCAAAAGAGCUAGGAAGAGAAACGCUGAGCCAGAAAAUGAACAAGAUCGAAACAUAUUCACGAUAUUGGGCCAUGAUGGGAAGAAGUUGUAUGAGAACAUCGUUGAAGCUACGGAGGAAUUCAACUCCAACUACUGCAUUGGCGAAGGAGGAUAUGGGACUGUUUAUAAAGCAGUGAUGCCAGCAGAACAGGUGGUUGCUGUGAAGAAACUUCACCGGUCACAAACAGAAAAGUUGUCCGAUUUUAAAGCUUUUGAAAAGGAAGUUUGCGUGUUGGCAAAUAUUCGACAUCGAAAUAUUGUGAAAAUGUAUGGAUUUUGCUCACAUGCAAAGCAUUCUUUUUUGGUUUACGAGUUCAUUGAAAGAGGAAGCUUGAGAAAGAUUAUAAGCUGUGAGGAACAAGCAAUUGAGUUCGAUUGGAUGAAAAGGCUAAACGUUGUGAAAGGGGUGGGUGGAGCUUUAUCCUAUCUACACCAUUCUUGCUCUCCUCCGAUCAUUCAUCGAGACAUUACCAGCAAUAAUAUCCUUCUGGACUUGGAAUAUGAAGCACACAUCUCCGACUUUGGCACAGCUAGAUUGUUGAUGCCUGACUCAUCCAACUGGACCUCAUUUGCAGGUACUUUUGGAUAUACUGCUCCAGAGCUAGCUUACACAAUGAAGGUGACUGAAAAAUGCGAUGUCUACAGCUUCGGAGUGGUAACAAUGGAGGUGAUGACAGGAAGGCACCCAGGCGAUCUCAUUUCAGCACUCCUAUCACCAGGAUCUUCGUCAUCAUCGUCGAUGCCACCGAUUGCUCAGCAUACUCUAUUGAAGGAUGUGUUAGACCACCGCAUCUCGCUUCCUAAAAAAGAAGCAGCAGAGGGCGUUGUCCACAUGAUGAAAAUUGCACUUGCAUGCUUGCAACCCAAUCCCCAAUCUCGGCCUACAAUGGAAAAAAUUUCUUUCGAGCUGACAACCAAGUGGCCUCCACUGCCCAAGGCAUUUUGCACAAUAAGUUUGGGAGAUCUCUUAAUCUCAUAGUGUAUAACUACUUCUAUUCG